AUGCUAAGAAUAUCUCAUGGUGUGAGGAUAACGCCGACGAGACUAUUGUCUCAAACAACUAAAUUGUAUUUUCAAACAAAACAUUCAAUAUUAGAGAAAUAUAAACAAGAUCAAGAUGAAAUAGCAGAAUCACCAACAAAUAUGGCUAAAGAUUCACAUUUACCUAUAAUAGCACAAGAUCUUAAAAUUAAACCUCGUCAACCUAAAACAAAAGCACCAUUUUUAUCAGAAGCUGAAGAUUCUCAAAAAUCUAUAUCAUCAUUUAAAGAAAAAAUAGGUCAAUGGAUUGUAUCAACUUUUGCAAUUGAUAUGGAUUCUUCAAGAAGUGGACCAGUAGCUGGAGGAAUAUAUUUUGGUGAAUGUAAAAAACAAGGAUUAUAUUAUCCAAAUGAACCAUUAAGUGAUACUGCAAAAUUUUAUUAUCAAACUUUAAGAUUACCAAUGUCCUUUUCACAACAAAUUCAAAUUACAAUUUUACAUUAUUGGAUUUUAUCAGUUAGAAUGAGAGCUCUUCCUUUUAAAUAUUCAAAACAAUAUCAACAAAAAUUAAUUGAUAGAAUAUUUUCAGAUUUAGAACUGAGAAUGACAACUGAAUUGGGUAUUAAAUCAGGUAGAUUAAUUGAAGGAUAUUCUAAAGAUUAUCAUAGUCAAUUAUUAGGAAGUGUAUUAAGUUAUGAUGAAGGUUUAAUGACAGAUGAUAUAACAUUAGCAGCUGCAUUAUGGAGAAAUAUUUUCAAUGCAAAUGAAAAUGUUGAUGUUAGACAUAUUGAAGCAUUAUUAGUAUAUGUUAGAUCACAAUUAUAUGUAUUAAAUAAAAUGACUGAUAGAGCUUUUGGAUUUGGUAAAUUUAAAUUUGUACCACCUGAUCAAAUUGUUCAACCAAUAACUAAAAAACAAGAAGAAUUAAUAAAACAAAAGACAAAAGAAGAAUUUUCAGGUAUGAAUUUACCAUCUCAACAAUCAGUUUUAUCAAUGGAUGAUUAG